AUGUCUUGCUACAACCUGUGCCCCACCACCAGCAACAUCUCCUGCCCCCAGCCCAUUGCUAACAGCUGCAAUGAGCCAUGUGUCCAGCAGUGCCCCGACUCAACGGCCUUCAUCCAGCCGCCCCCUGUCAUCGUCACCUUCCCCGGCCCCAUCCUCAGCUCCUUCCCCCAGCAAGCCGUGGUGGGGUCCUCCGGAGCACCCACCUUUGGGGGGUCCCUUGGCCUGGGGGGCCUCUACAGCUCCAGGAGCCUCUACGGUUAUGGGGGCUCUCUGGGAUAUGGCGCCCAAUGUGAAUAUGGGAGUUCAGCCCUCUCCACACUCAGCAGCAGCUACUGCAGCCCAUACUCAUCCCGCCGGUACAGCCAGCUCCUCCGCAGCAGCUGUGGGCCCUGCUAA